AAAAAUGCAAAUAGAAAUUCCAUCCCACAAAAUUCCCCGUAUUCAGUGUCCUCCCUGAAAAACACUUGACUCACUGUAACAUAAAAAUGGCAGCUACAAUCUGUCUGCCAUCAUUUUCUCUCUCCAAAUCCACCCUAUCAUCACCCACUAAAAUGACAAUAAAACCCCUAGCAAUUCUCACCCCAACUGGGUACAAAAUGGGCGUGCCAUACGAGCUGAAGCAAGGGCAGAAUCGUCAUUUUCACGAGCUAUCUUCUGGUCUGAAAAUGGAGGUAAUUUCCCAGAAAAAAGAGAAAAGGAUAGAAGAUGAAGAGGAGAGAGAAAAUCCUCCGCUUGUAUUUCUUCAUGGGAGCUUCCAUGGUGCUUGGUGUUGGGCUGAACAUUGGUUGCCUUUCUUUGCUCAUCAUGGGUUUGAUUGUUUUGCCCUCAGUUUUUUGGCCCAGGGUGAAAGUGAUGCUCCUGCUGAUAAGGUUGCGGGUACUCUCCAGACACAUGCAGCUGAUAUUGCACACUUCAUCAAGAAAGAACUUCCAUCUCCUGCUGUCUUGGUUGGACAUUCGUUUGGAGGUCUUAUCGUUCAAUAUUACAUAUCAAGCAUAAGUAACAAGCACAUGCUAGAUACGAGUAAUCCACACCCAGAGCUUGCAGGAGCUGUACUUGUCUGCUCGGUGCCUCCAUCGGGUAAUAGUGGCUUAGUGUGGAGAUAUCUGUUUUCCAAACCUAUUGCUGCUUUCAAGGUGACUCGCAGCUUAGCAGCAAAAGCUUUUCAGACUGAUUUGCCUCUUUGCAGAGAAACAUUUUUCUCCCCCAAGAUGGACGACAACCUAGUCCAAAGGUACCAAAAUUUGAUGAAAGAAAGUUCAAGGCUGCCACUGUUUGAUUUAAGGAAGCUAAAUGCUUCCCUUCCUGUUCCUUCGGUGCCGGAGUCUUCUGUUAGAGUUCUCGUUGUAGGCGCUAGAGAUGACUUCAUAGUGGAUGCCCAAGGACUCAAAGAAACAGGAGAGUUCUACGGAGUCUUACCAGUCUGCGUAGAAGGAGUUGCCCAUGACAUGAUGUUGGAUUGUUCAUGGGAAAAAGGUGCAAAUGUUAUUCUUUCCUGGUUAAAGACUCUUGAAACGGGGAAAUUGUAGUAAAUCAGAUCUAUGAAAAUUCCUUUACUUUAGGAUCAAUAACACUCAAUAAGCUCAUAAGACUUUGAUUUUACAUUACUUUUACUCUUCUCGUC